AUGGCACCCACAGCAAAGAAGCUGAAGCGUACCAACAAGAAGUCUAGGCUUCAGCAAGAACACAAGCAGCGCCAGCAGGUCACACGUACUUUGACUUACGAGGAGGAGAACAGCCGACAAGUGCUUAUUGCAUCUUAUACACAGAAUGAUCAGCCUCCACUGGAACUUGAGUAUACAGGCCCAUGGGAUCCUGAGUGGCUGUAUCUUCCACUUCAGGACGAGGGCCUUUUAGACACUCUGGGUCUUGAUGGCAAGAACAAGGGCAUAAAGGUGAAAGCUGGCGAGCGUGUUUAUCUUCGUGCAGAGGGUACUUCUGAACCUGUCAACGGUUCUUCUUUGGCAGCCAGAUCACCGCAUACUCCAGCAUUGUCCUCUCCUAACUUGCGCACAAGGCUCACCAUGGAGCGUGCUGCUGUACGCUCACAAGACCAGGCCGCACUGCUCUCUCGUAAUGUUAAGGGCAAAGGUAGAGCUAUUCCGCCAUCUGCACUGCCACUGCUGCCUACUCCACCUGCGCCUUUCCGCAACCCCUCUUCCUCUCUGCCAUCAACCAACCCUUGCUAUGUAUCCAAGUGGCUUGACGACUCCUUCUUGAACAGCCUGUCACCUUUGCCAAUCUCUCCACUCAGCAGCCAAGAUGCUUCUCAGACUGUCGCCAAUCAAGCUCAGGCUCAGGCCAUUCCACGCAAGAUCAAACCUAUUCUGCGGCCACGGCUACGUGUACCCCAGCCCUUUCCUUCUCUCUCGCCACUGCACAAUGAGCCCCAGCUGUCUCACAUGCAGCAAUCAGUUAUCGAUCUCUGCACCCCCUCGCCCAAGAUACUUCCUAUUUCUGGCCCCGGACGUGAUGCAGAUGACACCAUCAGCAUUGACUCAGACACAGACCCUGGAGGUUUUGAUGCCAGAGAUGACGAUGUUCCAAAUGGCCAACCUUUGCACUUAGACACAGACCCUGGAGAUUUCAAUGCUGGAGAUGGUGACGGCGAUGUUUCGAACAGCCAACUAUUGCAGCAACCGAAGCCUCGCCUUCCCACUUUCCCUUCAUUUCACUUCAACCUAGGCUCGGACUUUGGCUUGCCUCAUGACAACUCCAACUCUGCACCACUCACUCCCAGUCCUUUGGCUACUGGACGCUUCACUAUGCCUGGCUCCUUGGACUCUCUGCACCAUUCAGAUUACCUGCCCUCUCCUCGUUGCGCCUCUGUCUCUCCUAUUGUCAGCACAGGCAGUAAAUCAUGGCCCUACGACUGGCAUGUGGUGAAUGUUCUGGCAUGCUUCACGCAUUGCUCUUGGCUGCCUCCUGGCCAAACAGUGAAACAGGCCUUUGAGACGUUCGUACCUGGGCUCGAAUUCAGUCGCACCUUCUGGAAAUACCGCAAACACUGGCAAUCUGCAAGCUCCGAGACCCAGAACAAGUUCCUCAAGUACAGUCAUACUGCAGACGGCCUCUGGACCCACUUCAUGGAGGAGGUUCCCAAUUCCAAAGGAGAGCACAGGAAUGCUACGAAGCAAGAGACACGAGCCCAGAAGCGCACUGCAUCUCAGAUGGAAUAG